UCAGUUUCAGUCGUUGAUUUGACCGCCAAACAAACGCUAGGCCAAAACGCGUGUGCGCUUAAACCGAGCUACACAGUUAUAGCACGAAACCCAAAAAAAAAAGAAGAAAAAUAAUAAAAAAAAAUUUACCAGAAGGCUCACACAGAGAGAAAGCCAAAGAGAAAUAAAAGAGAAGAAUUAUAAAGCAUAUUAAAAUACUUAUGAAAAAGUUUUGAAUACAAAAAUAUAUAAACGAACGAGAGGAACUUACCGUGCAACAACGACAACAGCAGCAGCAAAAACUUUGGCACUUAAAAGCAAUAGCAGUCAAGUGUAGGUAAAAGGAGCCCAAGGAGGAUAACAGCAGCAACAACAACAACAGCAACAGCAACACACAGCAGCAGCAGCAGCAGCAGCAGCAACAUGGGAAAAAAGAGCUCGAAAUUGAAACAGGAUACCAUCGAUCGUUUAACAACUGACACAUAUUUUACAGAGAAAGAAAUACGUCAAUGGCACAAAGGAUUUCUUAAAGACUGUCCUAAUGGAUUACUCACAGAACAAGGCUUCAUCAAAAUCUACAAACAAUUCUUUCCCCAAGGUGAUCCCAGUAAAUUUGCUUCACUGGUUUUUCGUGUCUUCGAUGAGAAUAAUGAUGGCUCAAUUGAGUUUGAAGAGUUUAUACGAGCCUUAUCCGUCACAUCGAAGGGAAAUUUGGAUGAGAAACUGCAGUGGGCUUUCCGUUUAUAUGAUGUGGAUAAUGAUGGUUAUAUAACACGCGAGGAGAUGUAUAAUAUAGUUGAUGCCAUCUAUCAGAUGGUGGGUCAGCAGCCGCAAUCGGAGGAUGAGAAUACGCCGCAAAAGCGUGUGGAUAAGAUUUUUGAUCAAAUGGAUAAGAAUCAUGAUGGCAAAUUAACAUUAGAAGAAUUUCGUGAGGGUAGUAAAGCUGAUCCACGUAUAGUUCAGGCGUUAAGUUUAGGUGGUGGUUAAAACGAAUACAACAACAACAACAACAACAACCGAAAUAAAAUAUAAUAAAACAUGAUAAGAAUAUAUACCAAUUACAAAUACCGAGAAAUAAUACCAACAACAACAAAAACUACAACAACAACAAAUAUAAUAAAACAAA